GGUUUCCUGCAACAUCAUCACCAAGAGCAUUUUAUUCAGUGCCUGCUUGCUCUCAGUGAGAAACAAGGAGACCUGUGGCAGGAGCCCCCAUGGUGCUGACAGUGCAGAGCAAGUGUUCACUUUGGAAGAAGGUAGAGACUCUGCAGCCCCCCUUCAUGGUCCUAAUUCAUCCACUCAAGAACUCAUUCAGCAGACCAUAUGCUCCAAGUUAGAAUUCUUGGGACCACCUUCUUAGCUGAGAACACGUUUCCUAACUGCUGACAGGCGUGAUGAUUUACUGGUUGCUAUCUGUUGUCCGAAGACAAAGAACCAGCCAAGGAUGGCAGAAGUGGUCCUCGGCCAGAAGCAGUUCGACGGCUGCCGAGGUGCAUCCUGUCACCCUGCCUGCCCAGGCACAGGUGGUCAUCUGUGGUGGUGGAGUCAUGGGCACAUCCGUGGCCUAUCACCUCUCAAAGAUGGGGUGGAAGGACAUCAUCCUAUUGGAGCAGGGCAGGCUGGCUGCUGGCUCUACAAGGUUUUGUGCUGGCAUCCUAAGCACUGCUAGGCAUGUGUCCAUCGAGCAGAAGAUGGCAGACUAUUCAAACAAACUCUACCAGCAGUUAGAGCAAGAAACAGGGAUCCAAACAGGUUACAUACAGACAGGUUCCAUCUUUCUGGCUCAAACACAGGACCGACUGAUCUCCCUGAAGCGCAUCAACUCAAGGCUGAAUGUUAUAGGCAUCCCUUCUGAGAUCAUCUCCCCCAAGAAAGUGGCUGAACUUCACCCUCUCCUCAAUGUACACGACCUGGUGGGGGCCAUGCAUGUUCCUGAGGAUGCAGUGGUAUCCUCCGCCGAUGUGGCUCUUGCCCUGGCAAGUGCUGCCUCCCAAAAUGGUGUUCAGAUCUACGACCGGACAAGUGUCCUUCAUGUAAUGGUCAAAAAAGGUCAAGUCACUGGCGUGGAGACUGACAAAGGCCAGAUUGAAUGCCAGUAUUUUGUCAACUGUGCUGGUCAGUGGGCAUACGAGCUGGGUCUGUCCAACGAGGAGCCGGUUAGUAUCCCGUUACAUGCCUGCGAACACUUCUACCUUCUGACUCGCCCCUUGGAGACCCCUCUGCAGAGCAACACACCAACUAUUGUGGAUGCUGAUGGAAGAAUCUAUAUUCGGAGCUGGCAGGGUGGUAUCUUGUCUGGGGGCUUUGAGAAGAAUCCAAAACCAAUUUUCACUGAGGGCAAGAACCAACUGGAGAUUCAAAACCUACAGGAGGACUGGGACCACUUUGAGCCGCUGUUGAGUUCCCUCCUGCGUAGGAUGCCAGAACUGGAGUCUCUGGAGAUCAUGAAGUUGGUGAAUUGCCCCGAGACCUUCACACCAGACAUGAGAUGCAUCAUGGGCGAGUCUCCUUCAGUCCAGGGCUAUUUCGUGCUGGCAGGAAUGAACUCUGCUGGCCUUUCAUUUGGUGGAGGGGCUGGAAAGUACCUUGCGGAGUGGAUGGUGCAUGGUUACCCCUCAGAAAAUGUCUGGGAAUUGGACUUGAAGCGUUUUGGUGCCCUCCAGAGCAGCCGCACUUUCCUGCGCCACCGGGUCAUGGAAGUCAUGCCUCUGCUAUGUGAUCUGAAGGUUCCCCGCUGGGAUUUCCAGACUGGGAGGCAGUUACGCACAUCUCCUCUCUAUGACCGGCUGGACGCACAAGGAGCCAGAUGGAUGGAGAAACAUGGAUUCGAGAGACCAAAGUACUUUGUGCCACCAGACAAAGACCUCCUAGCCUUGGAGCAGAGCAAGACUUUCUAUAAGCCAGACUGGUUUGACAUUGUGGAGUCUGAAGUCAAGUGCUGUAAGGAAGCUGUUUGUGUCAUUGACAUGUCCUCUUUCACAAAGUUCGAAAUAACAUCCACCGGGGAUCAGGCCUUAGAAAUUCUACAGUACCUCUUCUCCAAUGACCUGGACGUGCCUGUGGGCCACAUCGUGCACACCGGCAUGCUCAACGAGCGCGGCGGCUACGAGAACGACUGCAGCAUCGCUCGGCUGAACAAGCGCAGUUUCUUCAUGAUUUCUCCAACUGACCAGCAGGUCCAUUGUUGGGCCUGGCUUAAAAAACACAUGCCGGAAGACAGCAACCUGCUUCUGGAGGACGUCACCUGGAAGUACACUGCUCUCAAUCUGAUUGGUCCUCGAGCUGUGGAUGUGCUGUCCGAGUUGUCCUAUGCCCCUAUGACUCCGGAACACUUUCCAAGUCUCUUUUGCAAGGAGAUGAGUGUGGGUUAUGCGAAUGGGAUCCGGGUGAUGAGCAUGACACAUACGGGAGAGCCGGGAUUCAUGCUUUACAUCCCCAUAGAGUAUGCCCUGCAUGUGUACAAUGAGGUGAUGAGCGUCGGGCAGAAAUACGGAAUCCGCAAUGCUGGCUAUUACGCGCUUCGUAGUCUCCGAAUUGAGAAGUUUUUCGCCUUCUGGGGUCAGGAUCUAAAUACGCUCACCACGCCGCUGGAAUGUGGACGAGAGUCGCGGGUGAAAUUAGAGAAGGGCAUGGACUUCAUGGGCCGAGAGGCCCUGCUGCAGCAGAAGCAGAACGGGGUGUACAAGCGCUUGACAAUGUUCAUCCUGGAUGACCACGACACGGACCUGGACCUCUGGCCCUGGUGGGGGGAGCCCAUUUACCGCAACGGCCGGUACGUGGGCAAGACCACCAGCAGCGCCUACGGCUACACGCUCGAGCGUCAUGUCUGCCUGGGCUUCGUGCACAACUUUUCUGAGGACACGGGGGAAGAGCAGGUGGUGACAGCAGAUUUCAUCAACCGUGGCGAGUACGAGAUUGACAUCGCCGGACACCGCUUCCAGGCCAAGGCAAAGCUCUACCCUGUGCCCUCUCUGUUCACCUAUAAGCGCCGAAAGGAUGACGUGGAGCUAAGUGACUUGCACGGGAAGUAGGGUGGUGGCCUCGCCUCCCCCAUCUCCUCAUGGGCUUAGUUUCCUUCUUCUCAAGGACCUUUUCUUGGUUUGACCUUUGCCCUGUCUUUUUUUUCCCCCCUGGAUAGAAGUUUGAACUUCACCUACUUUUAAACUUUGCUUUGCAACCUCUCGUCUUUCUAUCUCCUCUUCCCUCUUGCAGUUCUCCAGCUCCUCAUCCACACUCUGGGCUGUUCCUCCCGGCUCCCCGCCUUCCAUGGCCUGGGGGGCAGGACAGGCACAAGCUGCACCUGUGGAAGUGGGUGCCAGUGACAGCCUGGUUCUGGGUGCUGUGUCUCAGUGCGCGGGAGGCUGGUGGUGAGUGGGCCUUGGGACGAGAGUCGUCUCCACUGGGCUACAUGUUCUUGGAGUGACCUCUCCAUUUUGGAGGGUCACGGUGUGAGCUGCAUAGGCUGUGGGUGAGCUUGUGCCUUUCAGCCAGCUGCGCCGUCCCGUGCCGCUGUGCUGGGGGCUGGCGCCUCUUUCCUCUAGCCUGGAGGACGACCAUCUACCUCUCCACGGGGCGGUGUCACGGUGUCAUGCGGUGUCAUGCCAAUAGUGCGGCUGGUCUGCAGCAGAGAUGGCCCGCCUGGCCCCUCCCCCGCCUUCCUGCUCUCUAGGUUGGGCCAGGGCCACUGCCUGUGAUUUUUUCCAUCUCUUGCUAAUCUCUAGAAAAAGGGAUUAAUCUCUAAGUAAGGGAUUUUAUGUCGCUGAGUAAACAAGUCACUGUGUUUGAAAGGGAGGAAGCCGUGCUGCCUUCUGCGCUCUCGGCUGCAGAGGUCUACCUUUGGAAAGUGCAUCGCCAGCGAUUUUGAGUGUCCUGUUCAUACAGGGCUGCUUUUCUCUGUCUUUGUUAGUUCAGCCUCACCAGCCCCUUCCGCCCAGGCCCGCAAGCUCAGCGUCCGGUUCUCUCCCUUCUGUCCGGGCCAAGGAACUAACCACGCUGGCUGGGCGGGUGCCAGAACCUCGGCUCUGCUUCCUCCAGCACAGACGGGCCCGCCGCUCCACGUUGUGGGCACGGUCUUGGUCCUGCUGCGCUCCCCCACAUCUCUCCAUAUCUUACAGAGUAGAAAAUGACUUGGGGUACCCCAAGAGGACCCUGUACACUUUUUUGUCUCUGCUUUCUAUGGCUGAGACACUGCUUUUCAUCCCAACACUUAAUUUCCCCUUGCUCUAAUCUGAUGGCGGGCAGCUGCUGUUGGAGAUGCAUUAGCUCUGCCAGAUCCUUUCAUUUUAUUAGAGCAGCUUAAAAUUCUCAGGUAUCUGCCUGCUCUGGCAGUCAGAAUGUGCGCGCACCCAUUUCAUCACGCUGGCUCCUCCUGGCGUCUCUUGCCCUCUCCCCAGCCAAACUGCUCCUGCUUCAUUACUCACUUCAGUGUCCUCCCUUUUAAGAUUAGCGGAGGCCGCUCUUCUGGAGCAGAUGAGCAUUUAACUGGCGAGAAACAGAGCAGUGAGGGUCUUGAGAGAGUAGGAAGCCAGGCUGGGGUCAGCAGGAGGGCGCAACUCACCCGUGGACGGACAACGCAGUCAGGUGGCCACGCGCCGCAGCACUCCCGCGCCAUCUCUGUGAGUGAGAAACAGCCUGGAUCCAAAAGAAGUUCUUGGUCUAGGCAUCCAUGACAUCGUAUCCAUAAUAAACAGGGUCAUACUCCUCAGACAGGCACCAUGAUUCUCUGCUGGGACAUCGCUUGCUUGAAACACGUGUAUCUUGGCGCUUUAAAACUCGUCUUCCCAGAGGUGUGUGGAUCUGGUGUUUUUCCAUAUUUGAUCCUAAAAUGUAUUUUCUACAUUUAGACCAAGUGUCGAUUUGUGUCGUUUCUGUCCCCGGGGCGGUGGGGUCCUGGCCUGUCUUCAUCCUCUUCUAAGAGUUGAGGGCCUGUGAGGGCUGGGACUUUUCUCUGAAAUGAUCCAUCACCACGUCUUGCGCGCUCAGAAAACCUCUCCUCAUGCGCAGGCCCUGUUUCUACUGCUCGUCAGGGAGCCCCUGGGCCCCGCGAGGAGGUGUUGCCAUCCACGCUGGGGGUCCAGAGAUCAUUCUGUCCAGUUCUGGACCCUGGUUUCACGUUGUUCCAAAGGCCCCAUUUCUGCAGAGGUGGAGCCUGGGCAUUCCCACAUCUGCUCGCAUCUCCUUGUGCAGGCCCCGAAUUUUCUGUGCUCUCCUUUCCUGCACUGUCCCCAGGAAAGUAAACUCAGUGAAAAAUAACUCCAGCCUUCUGCGAUGCUGCCUUUCCAUGCCUUGGAAACGCCAACCCUUUCCCGCCGCCGUGUAAGUGGAGGGAUGACAGCAGCUUUCGAGGACUGGUUUGUUCCCUGAAGACAAGGCCCCGCCCGUGUGCUCGCUCUGCACGUGGACACCCCGCCGCGUCUGACGCAGGGGGAGCAUGAGCGCACCAGAGCAGGGGAAGCCUCAGCUCACCCUGCCGUCUCAGGUCUGAACCCGCCGGCACAUCCUCGGGGGGCUGCGCUGCUGCGUUCAGGAGUCAGCGACCAGAUUCACCUCUGAAUCUCUGCUGCUCGGCCAGUGUAGCCAGCGAGGACCCCCUCACUACCCGAGAGGAUCUGUGGGCGGUACUCGACCUUCCUGCGCACGCCCCUCCUGGAGCGCUUUCGGACUUGGCUAGAAGCAGCAUUUCUCAACCUGAGUUGGGAGGAUUUCUCAUGAGUGAAACACUCACCUCACACCGGAGCAGCCCGAUGUGAGGAAGCAGCGGGAGAGGAGAGUUUCGGGUGUCCAUCCGCAGUAAGUGAGCGAGCGAGGGUCAGCUGGCACCGACCCGCCCCCACCCCGUUUACGGUGCUGAGUUGUCAGGCUCCUUCACGGUCAGGGUUCGCCUCUGCGCGCCCUCAUCACUACAGAUGCACUAUUUUUCCAGAGCAGUGAGUAUUUUUGUAUGUGUCGUCACUGUCCACUACCCACCAGGUGGGUCCUGGGGUACGAGUCUUCACUUCUCGGCACAGAGCACCCGUGAGGAACGAACGCGGGUUGUGCGCCACUGUUCUCGUAUUUACAUGCACCUGUUUUCAUCCUUUGCAAACCUCCUGCCGCCUCCUCUUUCUGCCUCCCAAGGUCAGAAAUGACAAGGGGUGGGAGGAUAUUUUUAGCGUCUGUUCCGAAAGCUCUAGCCAGGAUUUCCUUUGCACACCAAGAACUGGAGCUGAGAGCGCCUUGCUCCAACCCGGUUCUAGUGCCUUACACCCCACAAUGCCAGUGGGGUGGAGAGCGGAGGGCAAGACAGAGGAGCUUCAUUUCACCGUGGGGCCCCGUGCACCCCCACGGCCGCUCCUGCCCAGAGGGAUGGCGUGGGGGAGAAAGCCCCAGCAGGCCUGUCACCGAAGGGCAGCUGUGACGCUGAUGGAGGCCGCCACUCAUUUUGGCGUUGGCACCGCUCCAGUGGCGCUUCCCCGCGCAGAGCGAGUGCCUGGUCCCGGGGACACUGGCGGCCCUUUAGCCCACGGACCCUUCUGGAGUCUCCGGGACACAGGGAGGCUGGCCCCUCUGCCCUCCGGGGACGUGGCCUUCACGCUGUGCCCUGCGUGCCCUUCCCGCCACAUUCUCGCGCCGCCUUCCUAGUUUGUACGUGAAUAAACAUUUUACCU